AUGGCCGACGUUUAUCGACCAUAUCAACGCGAGAGGUCUCGUUCUCCUCGUCGUCGAUCACGUAGUCCUCGACGGAGCCGUCGUUCGUAUUCGCCACGCAGUCGAUCUCGCAGCCGUGAUCGUGACGACUACCGCCGCAGCGAUCGCCGUUCACGCUCUCCUAUGAGUACUGCCCAGGGACCGUCAGGAGGUCAUUCAGGUUCGGGAUACAGUGGGCGCGGUAGCUACCCGCCUCCCCCUAGGUCAUUCGAAGACCGUGCAGUCGCGAAAGAACAAAUGAUGCAGUCAGUGCGCGAAUCGUCCCAGCAGGACCGCCGGGUCUAUGUUGGCAACCUUUCCUACGAUGUCAAAUGGCAUCAUCUCAAAGAUUUUAUGAGACAGGCUGGAGAAGUCAUCUUUGCCGACGUCUUGCUUCUUCCUAAUGGAAUGUCGAAGGUGGGCGCCAAUGCGUAG